AUGACCGACGCGACCGCAUUCCUAUUGGACUUUACGACAUCGGAAACACGGCAUGGGAUCAACCCCGCUAACACAAAGCCCAACCCGCCGGUGCCUAUCUCGACUCAAGAUGAUCUCGUCAAGGCAGUCAAUGCGGCCCGGGUUGCUUUCAAUGGCUGGUCCAAAACCACUUGGGAUGUGCGACGUAAAGCCCUGCUUGCAUGGGCCGAUGCUGUCGAUGCGAAUGCCGACGGAUUUGCGAAGACCCUUACCAUGGAGCAAGGAAAGCCUCUGAGUCAGUCAAGUAUGGAACUUGGAAAGGCAACCGAAUGGAUCCGCGGCCUGAGUUCGAUCGAGAUCACCGACAAUGUUCUAGAGGAAACGAAGGACCGGAAAAUUAUUCAGCGCUAUACGCCCCUCGGCGUGGUCGGCGCAAUUGUGCCUUGGAACUAUCCGGUUCUUCUGGCAGUUGUCAAAAUUGUCUCUGCCGUAUAUACAGGAAAUUCUGUCAUUGUGAAACCAUCUCCGUUUACCCCAUACUGCGACUUGAAGUUGGUUGAGCUGGCCACUCGCUUCUUCCCUCCUGGGGUUGUGCAGUGUCUAAGCGGUGACGACUCCCUGGGUCCCAUGAUUACUGAGCAUCCUGGGAUUGAUAAAAUCAGUUUUACUGGAUCCACUGCUACCGGAAAGUUGGUUAUGGCUUCAUGCGCUAAAACCUUGAAGAGGGUUACACUGGAACUGGGCGGCAAUGACCCGGCGAUUGUCUGUGAAGAUGUUGAUAUUGAUGCCAUCAUUCCCCAGAUUGGCAUUCUGUCCUAUCUCUGCAGCUCCCAGACUUGCAUGAUGAUCAAGCGACUCUAUGUCCAUGAGAAGAUCUAUGAUGAUUUCUUGAAAAAGCUUGUCGCCUUUGUCAAGACACUUAAAGUUGGCGAAGGCACCGAGCCAGAUGUCUUCUUCGGGCCUAUUCAGAACCAAAUGCAGUUCGAGAAAGCCAAAGAACUUCUCAGCACCAUUUCUACCGAGAAACUGAAAGCAGCACUUGGGGGCUCUGUCGAGCCCUCGUCCGGAUAUUUCAUCCACCCAACCAUCAUUGACAACCCGCCAGAGUCGUCCCGCGUAGUGCGGGAGGAGCCUUUUGCGCCCAUCCUGCCAGUCAUGAAAUGGUCCAACGAAGACGACGUCAUCAAGUGUGCAAAUGGCCUGGAGACAGGAUUGAGUUCUUCUGUCUGGAGUAAAGACCUCGAACGCGCUACCCGGAUUGCCGAUCAAAUGCAAUCCGGUAGUGUAUGGGUGAAUAGUCAUUUUGACCUUUUGCCUACUGCAUCUUUUGGUGGCCACAAGCAAAGUGGCAUUGGAGUGGAAGGUGGUCUUGGUGGUCUUCUUGAGUACUGCAACUCACAGACCCAGUGGUUGAAGAUUAAAGACGAUACCGGGCAUGAGAUGGAGUGA